AUGGAGUUUAUAUCUUUAACUGACCAACUCAGAGCUUUGAAGGUUCCUCAAAUUUCUACAGAAGAUCUCAUCUUGGGUGCUGAACAGUUUAAAUUUAGUUUUUUAGGAAAACCCUAUUCAGCCAAAACUUUUACUGUUGGUGAACUUGAUAAACAGCUAAAGCAGCUCUGGUCAAAAAGCAAAGACAUUUUUAUUGAAAAGGAAGAAAAUGAAACUUUUCUCAUAAAGUUUCAAACAUCAGAAGAGUAUGAAGUUAUUCUAAAAUUUAGGCCUUGGUUUCUAGAUAGUGAUUUGUUAGUGCCUGAACCCUGGAAUCCCAAGAUACCAAAAUCACAAGUUGAUAUCACAAAGCAGCUAUUUUGGCUUCGUCUGUAUAACAUGCAACCUGGAUUUGCUAAUAAGGAUAUAAUGGAAGGUAUAGUAUCUGCAAUGGGAGAAGUUAAAGAGCUUGACCCUCCUGACUGUAUAGUGCCUAAAGGAAAGCUACAAAAGGCUUUGGUGCUCAUAGAUGUUCGUGAUCCUCUUCGUAGAGGUUUUUGGAUUAAGAAUGCAGCUGGAGAAGAAGUAUGGAUCAGACUAUACUAUGAAAAGCAACCUUUCAAGGUUUUGUUAUACUAUAGAUCACAAGGAAGCUGA